AUGUUGGAAGAAUGUCGGGGGUACACCGCUCCCAGUCCCUCCAUAAACUCUAAUGGGGUGCUACUGGAGGGGUCAGAGAAACAAGUUAAGAAGAAAAGUAGUAACUCUCCGGCUGUGAACCAGGAGUUUCUGAAGAGGCUAAGUCACCUGCUUCGUAUCCUGUUUCCCCAGCUGUUCUGUAAGGAGUUGGGUCUGCUAGGGUUCCACUCCCUGGCUCUCAUCUCAAGAACCUUCCUCUCUAUCUACGUGGCCAACCUGGACGGCAUGAUAGUGAAGACUAUUGUGAAGAAGGACCCCCAGGCGUUUGUGUGGGAGUUGACAAAAUGGCUGCUCAUUGCUGUCCCGGCCACCUUUGUGAACAGCGCCAUCCGUUACCUAGAGGGACAGCUGGCCCUGGCCUUCCGCACGCGCUUGGUAACCCACGCCUAUGAGCUCUACUUCAGCAACCAAACAUACUACCGCGUCAGCAACAUGGACGGACGCCUCGCCAACCCAGACCAGUCUCUGACAGAAGACAUGGUGAUGUUUGCUGGAUCUGUGGCCCACCUGUACUCCAACCUGACCAAGCCAUGUCUGGACGUGGUGGUGACCUGUUAUACCCUCCUCAGGACAGCGGAGUCUAAAGGAGCCAACACCACCUGGCCCUCCGUCAUCGCCGGCGUGGUCGUGGCAAUCACCGCCAAGGUUCUGAGGAUGUUCUCGCCGCGGUUUGGUAAGCUAGUGGUGGAAGAAGCCCGGAGGAAAGGAGAGUUGAGGUACAUGCACUCGCGCAUCAUCGCCAACUCGGAGGAGAUCGCCUUCUACGGAGGACACAAGGUGGAGAUGUCCCAGCUGCAGCGGUCCUACCACUCCUUGUCGUCCCAGAUCAACCUGAUCCUGUUUAAGCGUCUGUGGUACGUGAUGCUAGAGCAGUUCCUGAUGAAAUACCUGUGGAGUGCCUCGGGACUCGUCAUGGUGGCUGUACCAAUCAUCACCGCCACAGGGUACUCCCGAUAUGACUCUGAGGAUGUGAAGCAGUUGGCCAUGAAUUUGAAAGAGGAGGACCUAGUGAGUGAGAGGGCUCAGGCCUUCUCCACCGCUCGGAACCUCCUCAACUCCGCCGCAGACGCCGUCGAGAGGAUCAUGAGCUCUUAUAAGGAGGUGACUGAGCUGGCUGGCUACACAGCCCGCGUGCACGAGAUGUUCACUGUGUUCGAGGACGUGCGUGCGGGUGUGUUCCGUCGCUCUGCGGAGGGAGGAGAUGAGCAGACGGGGGGAGGAACACAGCUGGUGCAGCACGGCAUGAGGGUGGAGGGACCAAUCAUGAUACGAGGUCAGGUGAUAGACGUGGAGAAGGGCAUCAGCUGUGAGAAUCUUCCCAUCAUCACACCGACAGGAGACGUUGUAGUAUCCAGCCUCAACAUCAAGGUGGAGGAAGGUAUGCAUCUGUUGAUAACAGGACCUAAUGGCUGUGGGAAGAGUUCUCUGUUCAGGAUCCUCAGUGGUCUGUGGCCAGUCUAUGGAGGGGUGCUUUACAAACCACCCCCCCAUAACAUGUUCUACAUACCUCAGAGGCCGUACAUGUCAGUGGGAACCCUGCGAGACCAGUUGAUCUACCCAGACACCGAGACCGAGAUGGAGGAGAGAGGAUUCACGGACCAGCAGCUAGAGGGGAUCCUCGGAACCGUCAACCUGGUCUACAUACUGGAGAGGGAAGGAGGGUGGAGUGCAGAAAGCGACUGGAAGGAUGUGUUGUCAGGAGGAGAGAAACAGAGGAUUGGGAUGGCACGGAUGUUCUACCACAGGCCUAAGUAUGCCCUACUAGACGAGUGUACCAGCGCUGUCAGCAUCGACGUGGAGGGGAAGAUCUUCCAGGCAGCAAAGGAUGCUGGGAUAGCACUGCUGUCGAUAACCCAUCGACCCUCCCUCUGGAAGUACCACACCCACCUGCUUCAGUUCGACGGAGAGGGUGGCUGGCGCUUUGAGAGGCUGGACGCCUCCACACGUGUCUCUCUCCAGGAUGAGAAACAGAAGCUGGAGUCCCAGCUCUCUGGGAUACCCAAGAUGCAACAGCGCCUGUCGGAUCUCUGCCGCAUGCUGGGGGAGGACGCCACCCUGUCAGGAACCAGAGGAGAGGAAGCAGGGGAGGAGAAGGAAGCAGGGGAGGAGGAGAAACUGGAGGAGAAGGAAGAGUGAUGAACAAGGACAAUAGAAGGAUGAUGAUCAUCGGAUGGAAGGAUGGGAAUGAAAGAACUGUUGGCCCUGUCCAGAAACAACCCCCUGGGGCAUUUGUCCCCUUAGGCAAAGUGGAGCUGUACUCCUAUUGUUCCUAAUAGGUCCAGUCCUUUCAGAUCCUCUGGGGUGCUCAGGACAUCGUGUCUAGGUCCUAGAGGCUGGAUCUUCUAGUGUAUAAUGAGGUUCUGGACUUCCAUCCACUCAGAUGUGGCUGUUAGUCAACUGCGGCUCAGUUUUCUUUUCCACUAUCAGCAGUAUGGGAGGGGGAGGAGUUUCUAGGGGAGAGGGAG